GUGGUGGCGGCGGCGGCGGGCAGCACCUAUGUACCAAAACCUGUCAACUGGGCAGAUGAGACUGAUGAUUUGGAGGGAGAUGUCUCCACAACAUGGCAUAGUAAUGAAGAUGAUGCAUACAGAGCUCCCCCAAUUGAUCGUUCAAUCCUUCCCACUGCCCCCCGAGCUGCACGUGAACCUAAUGUGGACCGAAGUCGCCUGCCGAAAAGUCCUCCCUUCACUGCUUUUCUUGGAAAUCUUCCCUAUGAUGUGACUGAAGAAUCCAUCCAAAAGUUCUUCAGGGGCUUGAAUAUUAGUGCUGUUCGUCUGCCCCGUGAACCCAGCAAUCCAGAGAGAUUAAAAGGGUUUGGUUACGCAGAGUUUGAUGACUUGGAAUCUCUUCUGCGGGCUUUGAGUCUUAACGAGGAAUCUCUAGGAAACAGAAGGAUAAGAGUGGACAUAGCUGACCAAGCACAGGACAAAGAUCGGGACGAUCGCUCAUUUGGCAGAGAUCGGGACCGCAAUAGAGAGUCUGAUAAAACAGAUUCCUCUGACUGGAGGGCGCGUCCCAGCACAGACAACGAUGAUUAUCCUCCUCGCCGUGAGGAGGGCUUCGGAGACAGGUAUCGAAAUGACCGGUAUGAGUCAGACCGAUAUCGUGAUGGCCCACGCAGGGAUGACCGCUAUGAUCGAGACAGAGGAAGGGAUCGCUAUGAUGAUCGUGACCGCCGGGAUUAUGAUAGAGGUUAUGACUCACGGGGAGGUAGUGGAAGAAGAGCAUUUGGCAGCGGGUACCGUCGAGAUGAUGAAUUCAGAGGUGGUGCAGAUCGAUAUGGUGGUGAUAGGUAUGAUGACCGGCGUGAUGACCGGCGUGAUGAUAGGUCGGACAGGUGGAACGGCUAUUCUCGAAAUGAGGAAAGGAAGGAAGAAAGAGGUCCUCCCCAGAGGCCAAAGUUGAAUCUCAAACCUCGUUCUGCACCCAAGGAGGAAGAGACCAGUGGUUCAGCACCCUCGAGUCGAGCUGCAUCAAUAUUUGGGGGUGCCAAACCCGUGGAUACAGCUGCCCGAGAACGUGAGGUAGAAGAAAGAUUGCAGAAAGAACAGGAAAAAAUGCAACGUCAUUUGGAUGAUGACCGGCCUCGACAGAUAGAAAGGAAGCCACGGGAAAGGCAUCCAAGCUGGCGAAGUGAAGAAAACCAAGAAAGGUCUCGGACUGGAAGUGAGUCGUCUCAAACAGGCACCAGUGGGAUCAUCCUCAAGGAUCUCACGACGGAGGGAAAGCGAGAAAUCUGUGGAAAAUGAAGUGUUUGGAAAAGAUGAGGAAUCUCCUAGCUUGAAGUCCCCCAAAUCUGAUUCCCAGCUCCCUUUAAAAGUUAUGCCUGCCCCGCCUCCUAAGGAGAAUGCAUGGGUGAAGCGUAGUACAGCACCUGCCCCUUCUCGCUCCCUCAGUUCAGAGUCCUCCCAGAGUGGAGGAGAGAGACCUCAUGAUUCAGAAACGCGGCAGCCUGUGAAUGUGCAAAGAGAUGAGAACAAAGUAGAUGGUGUGGACCAUGUGUCGAUGUCUAGUGGACGUGGCAUUGGAGAUCGCAAUAGAGUGUCCGAUAGGAAAGAUGUGGAUUUAAAGACUGGGUCGGAGCCAAGGAGGAAAGAUGAGCAGGACGCUAAAUUCAGCCAAGCAAGUAAAUACGCAGCUUUGUCUAUGGAUGGAGAAGAGGAGCCUGAAGAAUACGCAGACUAA